UCUCGCGCCUCCGAAAUCCUAUUUUUCUCUCGCUCCCCCUCUCUCUUCUUUUCGAUCCGUGGAUCUAUCUACCCGGGAGCAGAAGAUCCGCCGCCAUCCAUGGCCGGAAAGGGAGAGGGGCCGGCGAUCGGCAUCGAUCUCGGGACGACGUACUCGUGCGUCGGCGUGUGGCAGCACGACCGCGUCGAGAUCAUCGCCAACGACCAGGGCAACCGGACGACCCCGUCCUACGUCGCCUUCACCGACACCGAGCGCCUCAUCGGCGAUGCCGCCAAGAACCAGGUCGCCAUGAACCCCAUCAACACCGUCUUCGAUGCUAAGCGGUUGAUUGGAAGGAGAUUCAGUGACGCCUCAGUUCAGAGCGAUAUUAAGCACUGGCCCUUCAAGGUCAUUCCCGGCCCUGGUGAUAAGCCCAUGAUUGUUGUCAACUAUAAAGGUGAAGAGAAGCAGUUUGCUGCUGAGGAAAUUUCGUCCAUGGUGCUCACAAAGAUGCGCGAGAUUGCUGAGGCCUACCUGGGCUCGACUGUUAAGAAUGCAGUUGUCACCGUCCCUGCUUACUUCAAUGACUCUCAGAGGCAGGCCACCAAGGAUGCUGGUGUCAUUGCGGGGCUCAAUGUCAUGCGUAUCAUUAAUGAGCCAACUGCUGCGGCCAUUGCCUAUGGUCUCGAUAAGAAGGCCACCAGUGUCGGUGAGAAGAAUGUGUUGAUCUUCGAUCUUGGUGGCGGUACUUUUGAUGUGUCCCUCCUAACCAUCGAGGAGGGUAUCUUUGAGGUGAAGGCAACAGCUGGAGACACUCAUCUUGGUGGUGAGGAUUUUGAUAACAGAAUGGUGAACCACUUUGUGCAAGAGUUCAAGAGGAAGCACAAGAAGGACAUCAGUGGAAAUCCGAGGGCUCUGAGGAGAUUGAGGACAGCUUGUGAAAGGGCGAAGAGGACUCUCUCCUCCACUGCCCAGACGACAAUCGAAAUUGACUCUUUGUACGAGGGUGUGGAUUUCUACUCUACAAUCACUCGUGCCAGAUUUGAGGAGCUCAACAUGGACCUCUUUAGAAAGUGUAUGGAGCCAGUUGAGAAGUGUCUCAGGGAUGCUAAGAUGGACAAGAGCACUAUCCAUGAUGUUGUUCUUGUGGGUGGUUCCACUAGGAUCCCCAAGGUGCAGCAGCUAUUGCAGGAUUUCUUCAAUGGGAAGGAGCUCUGCAAGAGCAUCAACCCUGAUGAAGCUGUGGCUUAUGGUGCGGCUGUUCAAGCUGCAAUUUUGAGUGGCGAGGGCAAUGAGAAGGUCCAAGACUUAUUGCUGCUGGAUGUCACCCCUCUCUCUCUUGGUCUGGAAACCGCUGGAGGUGUCAUGACUGUGUUGAUCCCAAGAAACACCACCAUCCCCACCAAGAAGGAGCAGGUGUUCUCCACCUACUCGGAUAACCAACCGGGAGUCCUUAUCCAGGUUUAUGAGGGUGAGAGAGCCAGAACAAGGGACAACAAUUUGUUGGGCAAGUUCGAGCUCUCCGGUAUUCCUCCGGCACCUAGAGGCGUUCCCCAAAUCACCGUCUGCUUUGAUAUCGAUGCCAACGGUAUCUUGAACGUCUCUGCGGAAGACAAGACCACCGGUCAGAAGAACAAGAUCACCAUCACCAAUGACAAGGGAAGGCUGUCCAAGGAAGAGAUCGAGAAGAUGGUCCAGGAAGCCGAGAAAUACAAGUCCGAGGAUGAGGAGCACAAAAAGAAGGUGGAUGCCAAGAAUGCUCUGGAGAAUUAUGCCUACAACAUGAGGAACACGAUCAAGGAUGAGAAGAUCAGUGCCAAGCUCUCCGAUGGGGACAAGAAGAAGAUUGAGGAUGCCAUCGACCAAGCCAUCCAGUGGUUGGACUCAAACCAGCUGGCCGAGGCCGACGAGUUUGAAGACAAGAUGAAGGAGCUCGAGAGCAUCUGCAACCCCAUUAUUGCCAAGAUGUACCAGGGUGCUGGUGCGGACAUGGGUGCUGGUGGUAUGGAUGAAGAUGGUCCUGCUGCUGCUGGUGGCGGUGCUGGGCCCAAGAUUGAGGAGGUCGACUAAGCGGGUGGAGGAGUCAGGAGACCUUACGCCAGGUCUUUCAGCAUUUCGAUUUUUUAUCGAACUGUUGUAACCUGCUUCAUGUUGUGGGAGCAAGGGCAUAUGUAGCUCCUGUUAUUUUGCAUUGUCGUUGAGGCCUUCUCUGCUAUUUCAAGAAGACAGGGAUUUUGAGCCUCCAUCAUCAUCUUAUCUUCUGCCUGGUAUACCGUUUCGUUCUUGUUCUUUAGUGACAUUGAUGAGUACUGCUUUGGUCCUUUAA